CAUGACGCCACCGGACUUGCGGAAGAUGGAUCUGGGCCGGGACAGCCAGAGUCGCGAGGAGGCGGCCCGCGCGGACCGCGACGACGCCUCGCAGACGUCGCUGACGUCCACCGCCGUCUCAAGAUCAGCUACGUCUCCGACUCCAGUUCUUCCACCGCGCGCGACCGCGACGAGCCCUUCGCAGCGCCCAAACGCGUAAUCACAAAGGAAGCGAAGGAGGAGGAGGACAAGUUCGUGACGGUGACGGUGACGGUGAGCGAGCCGCAGAAGGUGAACGAGGGGUUGAACGCGUACGUGCAGUACAAAGUCAGCACGGAGACGAACCUGGCCGUCUUCCGGCGCCGCAAGUUCUCGGUGGUGCGCCGCUUCAGCGACUUCCUGGGCCUGCACGAGAAGCUGCAGGAGAAGCACGUGCACGUCGGCCGCUUCGUGCCGCCGGCGCCCGAGAAGAGCGUGGCCGGGAUGGCCAAGGUCAAGAUGUCCAAGGGCGACACCACCGCGCCCGACGGCGCUUCCGGAGAAUUCGUGGAGCGGCGUCGCGCGGCGCUGGAGCGCUUCCUGGCGCGCACGGCGCAACACCCGGUGCUGCGCAUGGACCCCGACUUGCGGGAGUUCCUGGAGAUGGACGAGACGCUGCCCAAGGCCAGCAACACCAGCGCCUUCAGCGGGGCCGGCGUGAUGCGCUUGUUCGGGAAGGUCGGCGAGCAGGUGACGCGCAUCACCAACAAGAUGGAGGAGAAGGACGAAUGGUUCGAAGAAAAGACCUCGCAGAUCGACAACAUGGAGAUGCAGCUGAAGAAGCUGCACGCCAGCGUCGAAUCGCUCUACCACCACCGUCGAGAUUUGUCGAGCGCGACGGGGAUGCCCGAUAAGAUCCAGGCCCCGUCCGACGCAGUCCUCGAGAAGGAUUUCAACGAUAUUUCCAAGAUGAUCAAGAAGGAGAUGGAGCGCUUCGGCAAGAUCCGCGUCAAGGACUUUAAAGAGACGCCGGUGAAAUAUGUGCAGGAGCUCAUGCUGCAUCAAGAGCAGCUGAUUAAACACUGGGAAGCCUUCCUCCCGGGACCGGAAGCGCGCUCCAUUUCCACCGCGUAA